CUGGGAGAGGCGAUGGAGGGUGCGCAUCCCUCCCACUUUCACCCUUUCCUUCCAUUCCUUCUAUCCCUCCUCCCCACUGGGUGAAUUAUGGGGGAUGGACAGAGGAAAUCCGGGCCUGGGUCUGGGAGUCGCAGGGGCCUGCGCCGUUUCUGUGGUAACCAAAGCAUACGUUCCCUUCUUCCCUCCACCCUUCUUCCCCGCCUCUUUUCCUUUGGCAGCAGCCUGGGUUCCCUGCGCUUUUGCUACCCUCUGGUGGCCACCAGGAGAAGGACAGAACAAAGAGUGGGCAUGGAAGGAUAGUGCAGGAACUGGCGGCACUAGGGCCCUGGGGAUGGAGACAGGGACUGAGAAGAGAGGAAGCUCAGAAGAAAAGCCGGGAGGCUCCGAGGACCCUGGGGAAGGUCUGCGGAGCGGUGAGGUGGAAAGCGGGUUGGCUUUGGGGUUUCUUCUCUCUGACCCGCUUCCUUUCCGCCACAGCCUGCGGCGAGAAGGCUACACGGUGCAGGUGAACGUGAACGAUUAUCUGGAUAUUUACUGCCCGCACUACAAUAGCUCAGGGGUGGGCCCCGGGGCGGGGCCGGGGCCCGGAGGCGGGGUGGAGCAGUACGUGCUGUAUAUGGUGAGUCGGGCCGGCUACCGCACCUGCAACGCCAGCCAAGGCUUCAAGCGCUGGGAAUGCAACCGACCGCACGCCCCCCACAGCCCCAUCAAGUUCUCGGAGAAGUUCCAGCGCUACAGCGCCUUCUCGCUGGGCUACGAGUUCCACGCCGGCCACGAGUACUACUACAUCUCCACGCCCACCCACAACCUGCACUGGAAGUGUCUGAGGAUGAAGGUGUUCGUCUGCUGCGCCUCCACAUCGCACUCCGGGGAGAAGCCGGUCCCCACUCUCCCCCAGUUCACCAUGGGCCCCAAUGUGAAGAUCAACGUGCUGGAAGACUUUGAGGGAGAGAACCGCCAGGUGCCCAAGCUGGAGAAGAGCAUCAGCGGGACCAGCCCCAAGCGGGAACACCUGCCCCUGGCGGUGGGCAUCGCCUUCUUCCUUAUGACACUCUUGGCCUCCUAGCUCUGCCCUCUCCCUUGGUGAGGAGAGAUGGGGCGGGGCUGGGACAGAGCAGGGAGCCUUUGGCCUCUCCAAGGGAAGCCUAGCCAGUGGGGCCUAGACCCCUCCUCUAAUGGUUGGACGACGUGGGGUCUGCACACAAGCAUCUGUGCCCGCCCCUCUGUCCCCUCCCCACCACAUAGGGCAGUGGACCAGGCGCAGGAACAGCCACGGGUCCCAGGUGGCCUUGUGGCUCUGGUAAUGUUUGGUACCAAACUGGGGGGCCAUAAAGGGCAGUGUUCAGGACUCCCUACCCCGGGUACCUUUCUCUGACCCCUGGUGCCCUCCCCCGUUUGUCCCCCCAGAAAGACAAAUAUGCCCCAGAGAGAGUAAAUCGAAGCAUGGGAGACACCCCAUCACUCUCUUUUAGGGGCAGAACAUGGGGAGGGGACUAGAUGGGCAAGGGGGUGGCAUCACCUGCUGCCCCCUUCCCCUGUUUACAGCAAUAAGCAUGUCCUCCUCCCCCCACUCCCACUCCCAGGAUUGUGGUUUGGAUUGAAUCCAAGUUUACAAGUAGACACCCCUGGGGGGGCGGGCAGUGGACAAGGGUGACAGGGGGUGGGCAUUGGGGUGCCAGGCAGGCAUGUACAGACUCUAUAUCUCUAUAUAUAAUGUACAGAUGGACAGAGUCCCUCUCCCUCCUUAAUCCCCUGACCUUCCUUGACUUCCCUUUCCAGCUUCAGACCCCUUCCCCACCAGGCUAGGCCCCCCCACUGGGGGACCCCCUGGCCCCUCUUUUGUCUUCUGUGAAGACAGGACCUAUGCAACGCACAGACACUUUUGGAGACCGUGAGACAACAACGACCCUGCCCCUCCAGCCCUGAGCCAGGACCCAACUCCCAGGACCUUGCCCUGCUCACCCUCUGUGGUCCCCACCCAUCCUCCUGGGCCUUUUUCAAGUGCUUUGGCUGUGACUUUCAUACUCUGCUCUUAGUCUAAAAAAAUAAACUGGAGAUAAAAAUAACUGAGUGUGUGUGAUUUCCAGGGCCAUCACCCUUUUGUACACUGGUUAAACCCCACAGGUCACGGGGCCGGGCGAGGAAGGGGAUUCUGGGGCCAAAGGCUCAACUGAACACCUGGUUCUGUGGCUUGUCUCCCUUAAGGAGGCAGCUCCAUGUGGAGGGAGCAGCAGGGGCUUCCAAGCUGGGCCUGGAUGACCCUGGGGAACUCAUUCAACUUCUCUGAGCCUCAAGGAUCUCAUCAGAAGUUUUGGGUUAUAAUACAUGUCUCUCAGGAUUGGUGUUAAGGGUCAAAUGACAGAGAGGUAUAUGGCUCAAUCGAGGAUGCUCUUCUCCUUUUCUUCCUAGUCCAUCUGUCAUCAGAGCUUCUUGACUGGGGUCUAUGGAUUUCAGGGGGGCUGUGAACCUAGAUAGGAAAAAAAUUAUAUCUUUACUUUCACUCACCUGUAACUGACAUCUAACGUUCUCUGAUGUACUCGGGUGACAAGCCACAACAGUUUGAACAGUGCCUGUGACUUUGUAACCAACAGAAAUCACAGAUGUUUCCAGACUGCAUUAUGGUUUUUGAAGAUAUCUCGAAAUAUCGUUUACUCUUGUCACUACUUUGAAACGUCUGUAGUUGUUAGACCGUCCUUGUUUUUAAUGUGUUAAUAAAGAAGCAUAUAUAUUACUAUA